GCCGGCUCAGUGUGGCCCGAAACACCAGCAAGAACAAGAACCUGAGAUCCCAGCUCCAAGCGGCAGCACGUACGUGUCAGACGUUUGCUGCUACCCUCGGUGAGGAUCCACGAUGCUGACACUUGUCCUGGCUCCCGUGAGAUACCUAUGGGAAGUGUACGAGAAAGGAGACCCCCGAACGAAGAACUAUCCUCUCGUGCUUAACCCCUUGUUCGUGUUCCCCUUCCUCGCUGGCUACUUGUACUUCGUGAAGGUUGCCGGGCCCCGAUGGAUGACGAACAAGGAGCCGUACAGAAUCAUUAACCUCAUCCGUUUCCACAACGCAUUCAUGGUCGUCGCUUCUGCCUGGUUUCUUUACCUGCUCCUCAAGUUCACGUACCUUCCUGGAGGCCGCUACAGCUUGUGGUGUCAGGGUAUCACUGGCUACAUGGACGAAGAGAUGGCACGCUAUUACAAGUACGGCUGGUUCUUCAUUGCAGCACGCUAUGCCGAUCACUUGGACACGGUGUUCUUCGUGCGCCGUAAGAAGUUCACUCACAUCACUCACCUGCAUGUCAUUCACCACACCAUCGUCACGAUAAACAUCUGGUACUGGUCUCUAUACGCCCCUGAGGGACAACCGGCGUUCGGCCUCGGUCUCAACGUGUUCGUGCACAUCAUCAUGUACACCUACUAUCUGCUGGCAACUAUGGGACCGGCUGUGAGGAAAUACCUCUGGUGGAAGAAGUACCUGACGAGACUCCAGAUUGUCCAAUUUGUGCUCUCCAUAACUCACAUGUCGAUACCACUGUUCGUUGAGUGUGGAUUUCCAAGACACCUGAUUGUCAUAGCCAACCUGCAGACAUUCCUAAUACUGUGUUUGUUUGUCAAUUUUUACGUAAAAGCUUACGUUACCCGAAAAGAUAUUGGAUCUGGUAGCGUUCACGUGCGUUUGACCACAAAUGGCUGCGAUGCACUUCGCAAAGAACAAUAAAUUGCGCCAGCUGAUGUAUAAAAACAAAAGCAGAUUACACGUUGAUAAUGAAAUGUCAUCAACGAACGCUUGAUGAUUAUGAUGCGAAAGCCGUUGAAUCUUAAUUUUAGCACUGAAACAAAGAACAGGCUUCCAUGAGCAGAUGUGAGAGUAAUUGAUUUAUUAUAAGCUUUGCUAGGCGUUAUAAGAUUUCCUGGAAUUAUCUACAGGCCUUAACAAUUUAACUAAAAAGGAGGAGUUCACGUUUCCGUUAUUUCAUCAAACUGAAGAAAAUACGUUGCUUACAGCAGUAUAGCCGGUUAUCUCCGUAUAUGUGUGGUAACGAUUUCAUGGAACAAGUAACUAUAAGUGGCUCUGUUUUUUGUGAUUCCUUGA